CAUGGACGGGGGAGGGUCAGAGAGAGGGAGACGCAGAAUCUGAAACAGGCUUCAGGCUCUGAGCCGUCAGCCCAGAGCCCGACGCGGGGCUCGAACUCACGGACCGCGAGAUCGUGACCUGAGCCGAAGUCGGCCGCUUAACCGACUGAGCCACCCAGGCGCCCCUCUUGUCCCUAAUUCCUUAGAGAAAAGUGGUAACAUUUCUCUUUUUUUUGGGUCAGAUCUUUUCAAAGGUAUGGGGGGUUUCUUACAUCUAACAAGAUUUCGAGUUUAUUCUUUUCAUGUGGAACCAGAGCUUCAUUCUGCUCCUCUGAGGUCCUGCUCAGUCCUCUUCCCUUCCCCACAGGCCUCACCAAGCUCUGUUGCUGCUGCUUCCAUUUUUCUGUUCUCCUGGCCCUUUUUAUCAGAUAAUUUUUCUGAGAAAGUUACAUAUCAUGUAAACUAGACUACUGGAUUAGCAUCUAAAAUGGUCCAGUUUUUUCUUCUAAAGCUGCCCUUUUACUCUCUGAUAUUUCAGCCUGCGCUUCAUGUUGGCAUCCCCAGGCUACGUCUAUUUCGUUCAGUGCCCUUCAUUUUCAGGAAGGGUGGUUUUCGGCCAGAGAUCAACCGUUUGAAUGGAAAACAAGGCUGGAUGCUUUUUUAGUUUUCUGUUGUGGACACGAGCUUCCAUAACAAACCGUUAUUUCUUUGUGUGUUUGGCAGUUUUUCGCGGGUGUCUGUGUUGGUAAAUAGAAGGGCUAACAGGCAAACUCCCCAUUCACAGAGCAGAGGAAGAUGGUCGCAGGUGCAGUUCUUCACUUUUGUCCUGUCACAUUCUCUUCGAUCAAAAUUGACCUCACAGAGCUCACUUCUUUUCUUAUGAUUUGUCCACUUUGCUGAGCAUGUCCUCAGGAUGACAUUUGGUUAGUACGCAUCACAUGUAUGUGAGUGACUGGAAAUACAUGAUAAAAACACAAAGCAUCUUAUAAGGAUUACCUUGUCAUAUUGGGUAAUAGAUACUUUUUACGGUAAGGCUCCCUAAUCUUAGGUGCCUAAUAACUGUUAUAAAUGGAUACCCUGUAAGGAGAAUUCAGUGCUUUUAAAUACGGCAAAAUCGAAGAGUUAGGCAGCAGAGAAAAACAAAAUGUUUUCUUAUUUAUUGACCAGAAGACUUAGCUGAGAGUUGAAUUAAGGGUUGAAUUAAGUUAUUGUUUUUUUUAGUGAAAUGCAGUCUUACAAAUCGCUUACUGCAAUCAGGAAAAAUGCUGCACUUAUUUCUAGAAGAACAGAAUGAAUCUUCACCUGUUGUUUUUCUCAGGGCAGAGGUAUUGGCUGGAGGAAGGCAGGCCAUAGUUAACUUUGUUACUCUUUUUUUUCAGAGUAAAUACUGGUAUGCCCAGUCUACCAUUAACUUCUCGAUUUGUUAUUAGGGUACCUUCCAAAGGCUCUGGAUGAUUUUUUUUUUCCUUUAGCAUGUGGUGAAUUUUAGGCAUGAUCUAAAAGGACAUCCACAAUAGUGCUUCCUUUUACUCUAAGCAACAGUUGCCCACAUGUUAGUCACACCGGGCCGAAUUAGUCUGGCCCCCAAAAGAAGCGCUGCGUCCACAUAUGCCCACAUGAGAGAGCUCCAUGCUGGAAGCUGGUGAAUACCCUGGAGGACAGUCUGGCUGUUGUAAUGCAAAAGUGGGUCUUACUUUGGACCCCUGACAGAACACUAGUUCCCAAAGGACGCAGCACUGUUUGUGGUCUUCAAAGUGGAAUUUCGUUUGUGGGGUUUGUAGGCCAGUAGCAAAUUCUGUUUUGGUAUAUGCCAGUCAGGUUUCCUAAUAAAGCAAAUUUCACAUGUAACUGGAUGUGAAACAAAAUCAGCUUCGUCUCUUCCUACCUCUAAAUGCCUCUACCUGCAGGCAGUUCACAUUGUAAGAAGAGUUCUUGUAGGCAGGAGGUUAGAGUCUCCAGUUUUCCCACGUGACUUGCUAACCCUCUGUUUAACUAAAAUCAUUACCACUCAAAUGCCUAUAGACUUUAACAUAGUUAUAAAUCUGCUUGAUGUAAAACAAUUUGUGUAUCUUUCCGGUUAAGUGUAUCAGCAUAGGAAAAUACCUGUCAGAUACCUGUCUGAAACAUAGGAGGAUAGCUUUUUAAAGCUAGAAAUAGGUACGCUUUUUAGGGGCACCUGGCUGGCUCACCAGUGGAGUGUGCCACUCUUGAUCUUGUGUGAUGAGCUCAAGCCCCACAUUGGGCAUAGAGCCUACUUAAGAAGUGAAAAAUUUUUUUUCUCUAAAUAGAUAACUUUUUAAGAAGAGUUUGUUGUAUUCAUGUGAGAAAGAACAAAUUGAAGGGAUUAUUGCUUAAAGAACUCAAAUGAUCUAAAUCAGACCUUGUCUGUGAACACGUAUAUGUGUAUGUAUUAAAGAAAAUGUGUUUCAAUUUAAAAACUGAAAACUUGGAUACACUUAGCUUUAAUUAUAUUUCUAUUUAUUUAAAAAGUAGUAGUGUUCUUUUAUUAUUGAUUUGGUUCUUUUAUCCCACAAAAUGACUCAAUUUGUCUUACAUGUUUGGUUAAAAUACAGGGAAAUACCUUAAGUUUGUAUUAAUUUCCAAAUUAUAUAAUUGGAAGAGGCUUUCUUCUCUUAUAUAAAAGAAGAAAUCUAGCUAGAAAUCAUCUUACCUUAUUUGCUAUAAAUUUCUUAAUAUUUGCUAGAUGCUAAUGAUGCCAGAUGCUAAUGAUAAAUUUUAUCAUCUGUAUUAGGAAUGAAAUAUAAUUGAGGUGACCUGCUCUCCUGCUCACAUCUGAGAUCUUGUGGUACCGAACCAUUCCUUUUUGAACUAGAUAGGGCAUAUCUCCAUUGUUGAGUGUUAGUUGUAGUCAUAACCCUUACUUCAAAGGUUUUAUAUUGUAAACGUUUGACUUGAUAUAAAAUAAUUUCUAUACAAGAUAAAAAAAAGUACGGUCUUAUUUUAGUUCAUCUUAGAAUGCACAGGAGAAUAACUAUGCAAAGAAUGUGGAUAGUGCUUUCUCUCCCUUUCGAUUUUGUACUGCAAAAUACCCCAGGAAAUUGACACAAAACCAAAUCCAAAGACUUACACAGACAGUACAGUUCAAUUUUAGUGAAAAGAGUGAAGAAAUCUUCAAAAAAAUUCUUACAGACUCCAGUUUUUAUUUUCUUGGUGGAAUGGUAACUAGAUACCUACUUAGUUUCUUUUUGUGUUGGGUCUGUUGGGAGGAACUGAAUGUUGAUCCUCCUCACAUAUUUCCAUGGUAAAACUGAGCUCAUUUCAUUUGUCACUUAAUAUGUGCAUUAGGAAAACUUCAUAGCAGAAAAAAAUAUGUUUAUAUGAAGAUAUAAAAUGUCUAAACUGAAUGUGUAAUGAACAAAGGCUGACAAAGGAGGCUUGGGCUGCGAAACAGUAUCCUGAACGCUACAGAAAUGGGGACGGGAGGCAUGGGCAACAGAGAACUUUGUCCUGUUCAGAGAUCCCCAAAGGAUCCCUGUCCCCUCCCCCCAACCUCCUGCCAGAAUGUUGGAUUUCAAAGAAUGAACAGAUUAACGGAUAUCAGGAGUAGUGUGGCCUGGGUUGAGAAUAAGGAUAAUUUGCCUGAGUUAUAGUACUGGCUGGAUCAUUACAGUCUGCCCACAUGGCAUCUCUCUGUGAGGACAAAGGGAACUUACCCAAGGAACGUUAAAGCGACUGCUGUUGGAAGGAAGUCAUAUGGUAAGGGAACCAGAAAAGGCCAAGAGCAAGUAGAAAUACAGUCCCUAAGUCUGUCACCCAAGAGCUGGACAGCAGCCAUCCCUAAGGGAGCCAGCCCAGAUCUGGGGCUGAUACUUGAGUCUCUGAGGCUCAACAUGCUAGGCAGAGCUGCUGCUGUAGGACGGAAGCCCUGCAGUGCCAACUGAUUCACAAUGGCUGUUUCAGUGGCAGCCUCUUUGAGACACCCUGCCUCUAUACUGUCAUCAUGGAAAAACCAAGGGGCCUCGAAAGAGGGUAAGGUAAAGUUUCAGAUUUGGGCUCAGCAGAAGAGGAACUUGAGGCUGGGGCAAGUGCCAGAACCCUCGUGUGUCAGAUUGGGGACUGUGCUGCUGUUGGUGAUUUUCCUGCCAAGCAUGUACUGUGACCUGGGAUCUGUAUAUUACUCUUCUUAUGAAACGGUCAUCCCCAAGAGCCUGACAGUCAAGGGAAGGGAAGACCCAGUGGAAAAGGCAUCCUAUAUGCUCUUAAUGCAGGGCCAGAAAUGGAUGAUUCACCUGAAGGCGAAGAGAGACUUUUUUGUGAAGAACUUUCCAGUCUUCAGCUACCACAGUGGCGUCCUGGGGCAAGAAAUGCCUUUCAUCUCACAUGACUGUCACUAUGAAGGCUACAUAGAAGGAGUCCCGGGUUCUUUUGUUUCUCUCAACACCUGUUCAGGCCUCAGGGGCAUCCUGAUUAAGGAGGGGAAACCCUAUGGCAUUAAGCCCAAGGACGCUUCGAAACGCUCUGAACAUGUGCUGUACACGAUGGCACACCAAGCUCGAGUCUCCUGUGGGGUCACUUCCAAAGGCAGCCAAGUGGCGCCUGCCAGCCGGCAGCAGGGGAGCAGGAAGCCUCACAGUCCACAGGCACCGUCCUCCUUUUGGUCACACACCAAGUACGUGGAGAUGUUCGUCGUGGUCAACAACCAGCGGUUCCAAAUGUGGGGCAGUGACGUCAGUGAGACGGUCCAGAGGGUCAUGGACAUCACCGCUCUGGCCAACAGCUUCACCAGGGGGAUAAACACAGAGGUGGUGCUGGCUGGAAUGGAGAUUUGGACCGAGGGGGACCUCAUAGAAGUCCCGGCGGACUUGCAAGUUACACUCGGGAAUUUCAACAGCUGGAGACAGGAGAAGCUCUCCCGUCGCGUGAAGCACGAUGUUGCCCACAUGAUCGUUGGACAUCAUCCUGAAGGACACGUGGGACAGGCAUUUCUCAGUGGUGCCUGUUCAAGAGGCUUUGCGGCAGCCGUUGAGUCCUUCCAUCAUGAAGACGUCCUCCUGUUUGCAGCGCUCAUGGCCCAUGAGCUUGGGCACAACUUGGGUAUUCGGCACGACCACUCGGCCUGCGCUUGUAGAGAUAAACGCUUGUGCCUCAUGCGUGAAGUUAUCACCAAAGAAGGUGGCUUCAGCAACUGCAGCUCUGAUUACUUCUACCAGUUCCUCCGGGAACACAAAGGGGGCUGCCUAUUUAACAAGCCUCGGCCCCAACAUCGCCUGCGUAGGAAUGCAGAGUGUGGAAAUGGUGUGUUGGAGGACAAUGAGGAGUGUGACUGCGCACCUGACUGUGGUGAUCACCGGUGCUGUGACCAAACAUGUAGGCUGAAGGAAAAUGCAAAGUGUAGUCCUGGACCCUGCUGUAAUGAAACAUGUGGAUUUGCAGAAAAGGGAUUCAUGUGUCGUCCUGCUCUUGGAGAGUGUGACCUCCCUGAAUAUUGUGAUGGUACCUCCGGAGAAUGCCCCAUAGAUCGCUAUAAGCAAGAUGGCACAUUGUGUGACAGAAUUCACUAUUGUUUUGGCGGCCGGUGUAAGAACCCUGAUAAUCAAUGUGUGGAUAUAUAUGGGUCUCCUGCAAGGUCUGCCCCAGAACACUGUUAUAUUUCCAUGAACACCAAAGGAGACCGGUUCGGGAACUGUGGCUUGUGGGCCUCGUCUAGGACAAAGUAUGUUAAUUGCUCUGAUGAUCAUAUAUUUUGUGGGAAACUUAUAUGUACAAAUAUUAGACGGAUACCAGCAAUCAAACCCCACCGUACUCUGAUCCAGGUACCCCACAAAGAUGACUGGUGCUGGAGCAUGGAUGCCUAUAACAUGACUGACAUCCCCGAUGAUGGAGAGGUGCAUAACGGCACUCUUUGUGCCCCACACAAAGUCUGCAUGAAUUACUCCUGCAUUGAUCAUGCCGUGCUCCAUUACGACUGUGAACCUAAUGAAAUGUGUAAUGGGAGAGGAGUCUGCAACAAUUUGAGGCACUGUCAUUGUGAGGCUGGCUAUGCACCCCCUGACUGCAAAGCUGCAGGAAAUGGGGGUAGUGUGGACAGUGGUCCCCCCGGACAAUCCACUGAUGAAAAUCUAAGUGCAGGAGGAAGUGGCAGUCCUGCUAAACGUAAGACUCAAAUGAGGGCUCUUGGCAGCAUAAUUUUCAUACUCCCUGGAUUCCUUCUAGUAUUACUGUUCAUUUUAAUACUUUCCAUUACCCUUAGGGCUAGAACUGAGUCACUAGAGACGACAGGAGGCUCCUCAGAGGAGAUCUCAGAGAUCACAGAGACUACUGUGGACAAAGAGAUAACACAGCCCUUACAAAAGCAACCCACAAAUACUGAAGAGAAGGGUCCAGAGGAGGCUCCACGGGAAGACCCCCCACUAGAGAAGCCUUCCCCACCGGAGGAGGCCCCCCAACCACAGGAACUUCCACCACCAGAAGCCCCAGGAGAGCCUGCACCAUAAGAGGUAGCAGGUGAAGGACAGGAAUAACCAAAGACAGAAUAGUGGAGGAAGAAGUCAAAUACAUCAAAUACCUCAAGCACCGAGUGGGAAUGAGAGGCUCAUAGAGACAAAGAUGAAGUGAGAAUUGAGAGCUCCAGUGGCUCUAACUGGACUGCAGGGUCUAGAGAAACAGUAACCUGGGAGGAGGGAACCCAGAUUUCAAUACUGCUUGUAGUACUUUGGUUACACGUUGAUAUAAGAACUCAUAUACAAAAUAUCCUGCAGGUUUGCUUUUUCUCAUUUCACGAAGCAAUUGUACUUAAGCUCUUCUCACGGAUCAUUGCUAUCAAUGUCAUGUAUUGUGUUCGGGUCAAUAUCUGAACCCAAGUUAUUUUUCAGGGCAAUACCAUCUUCCAUCUACAUUCGUUGACACAGUGUAUUAUCAGGACCUAUGUCAUGACUGUCCCUGGAUUAUUCACCCAAGUCACAUCAACGCAUUAUUUAGGAACAUUAUCUAUUGAGUACUCUUAUUGCCAUGAAGCUUCUAUUCAUCAAGUAGAGGUAAUUCAAAAUAAAUAAAUGGCAAUUUUUGGAUGCAGCAUCGCUUCAGACUCCAUG